AUGGCUGGCGCCGCCCUCAACUUCAUCACCUUCAACCAGGACCACAGCUGUCUGGCUGUCGGUACCUCGCGAGGAUUCCGCAUCUACCACACCGACCCCUUCUCCAAGAUCUUCAGCAGCGAUGAUGGAAACAUUGCAAUCAUCGAGAUGCUCUUCUCCACCUCGCUCGUCGCCCUCAUCCUGUCUCCUCGACACCUCAUCAUACAAAACACCAAGCGUGCCUCCGUCAUCUGCGAGCUCACCUUCCCCUCUGCCGUCCUCGCCGUCCGACUGAACCGGAAACGCCUGGCCGUCGUGCUCGAGGACGAGAUUUACCUCUACGACAUCUCCAACAUGACCCUUCUUACCAACAUUGCCACCUCGCCCAACCCGAGCGCCAUCUGCGCACUCUCUCCGUCUUCGGAAAACUGCUACAUUGCCUAUCCGCUGCCAAAGCCGCGGGAAGAUGCGCAAGAUUCUAAGAGGCCUUCGCACGCUCCGCCGACUUCUCUCUAUGCGCCAGUUACUUCCGGGGAUGUUUUGAUCUACGACACUCUCACGCUCAAAGCUGUGACCGUCAUACAGGCUCAUCGAUCGCCUUUGUCGUGCAUCGCCCUGAAUAGCGAAGGCAAUCUCCUCGCCACAGCUAGUGAGACAGGAACGAUCAUUCGAGUCUUCUCUGUGCCCCAUGGCCAGAAACUCUUCCAGUUCCGCCGAGGCACCUAUCCCAGCACCAUCUACAGCAUGUCGUUCAACAUGGCUAGCUCGCUGCUUUGUGUUUCCUCUGCUUCCGAGACCGUACACAUCUUUCGGCUGCAGCAGCCCGGUCCCGGCCAGAACAGGCAACGUGCGCUGAGCAACAAUGGCGCCUCCCCGACAGAUCGACCGGAUCGAUGGGCAAGAAGCCGAAGUUACGAAGACGGCAACGAGUCGCCGAGCAGCGCGCAGGAGUCUGACCGCAGCGAAGCUGCUGACAUGACAACCCCACCACCAUCGGGCCCUGCUAGCCAUAGGAGGCAGAGCGGGUCGUUUAGCAGCAUGCUGCGUAGAUCGUCGCAAUUGAUGGGACGCGGUGUAGCGGGAGUUGUUGACAACUAUUUGCCGCAGACAGUCACCGAGAUGUGGGAGCCCUUGAGGGAUUUUGCGUACAUCAAGAUCCCCAAGAGCUCGGCAGCGACAUCUCGGAGUGGCUCGGGCGCGACAGGUCAACAGCUACGCAGUGUGGUUGCCAUGAGCAGCAGCAGUCCUCAAGUGAUGGUGGUGACGAGUGAUGGCGGCUUCUACGUGUUCAACAUUGAUAUGGAGCAAGGAGGCGAGGGAUAUCUCGUGAAGCAGUUUUCGUAAGUCCACAUUUGACCUCUGACGGUGUGUGCAGGUGCAUCCAAUACUGAUAAUGAACAAACGGGCAGGGUCCUGGACGGUGAUGAUAAGCUUGACGCGUCAAGCUAUGGGCCAUAGGAUGGACCUGCAGGUUUUGAGCCAAGCACAGUACUGGGCGUGUUUUCUUGAAGAAACAGUGCGAGCUGGAAAUAAGACCCGGCCCACCGGGACGGGGGUACGGUGAUGGGAGGGUUUUGUUGGUGGAAAGUCGAUUGUCUCCCAUUCUUGAGGCUGGAACAGUUCAUUGCAUAAGCGAAAGGCGUUUUCUUUCAUAUCUCAUAUUCCUUCAUACAGACGUAGCCUACAACCACAUACCUUUGUGGCGACGUAUUUAAUUCUGUCUUUUCAAACAUCGCAUUCGCCAAAACACUCAGCCAGACAGGGGCCACAAUAUAUAAUGUCACCAAGAUCG